GGAUCAUAUUUCAUAUAAUUCCUCCGUCGAGGAGAAGAGCUCUCUCGUCAGUCUCACUCCCUCACUCUCCUCUCCCUGAAUCCUCGCAACUAAAAGAAAAACGAGAACGGAUAGGAAUUCUCUCGCCAUUCACCAUCCACUCUCUCUCUCCAGGGUUUCCCUUUGAACGAUAAAUGGAAAAUCACGCCCUAAUUUCCUCAAAUUUCCUCCUCAUCUCUUCUCCCAAUCUAUCCGGAUUAUUGAACAGGCGAUCUUCCGCUCUUCCAUUAGCUGGAAAGAGAAGAUUCGGGGGAGGAAGAAGCAGGGAUUUCGUUUCAGCUCUCCGCCAUGAAAGCGGUGGUGGGAAUUCUCAAAGAAUUUCCAGAACUGUGCUGGAGAGAUUACCAACAGAAGCUUUUGCAAGCAUUUCAUCCUCAAGCGGUAGAGAGACAUCUUCAGUUGGUGUCAGCCCACAGUUCUCCAUGCCGCCUCCAUCAUCCCCUAUAGGCUCACCACUUUUCUGGAUUGGAGUUGGAGUUGGGCUUUCGGCAUUAUUCUCAUGGGUGGCAACAAACUUAAAGAAAUACGCAAUGCAGCAAGCUUUCAAGACUUUAAUGGGUCAGAUGUCACCGGAGAAUAGCCAAUUUAGUAACACCGCGUUCUCUCCAGGAUCUCCUUUCCCGUUUCCUACAGCUCCACCAUCCCCAGCUCCAUCAUCCUAUCCUCCUGUUGCCUCAAAACCGAUGGUUACAGUAGAUGUCCCUGCAACUAAAGUGGAAGCAGCACCUGCCCCUGAAGUCAGAGAUGACACUGAAAUAAAGAAGGAACCCAAGAGAUAUGCCUUUGUAGAUGUUUCUCCAGAAGAGCCAUUGCAAAAAGAUCCUUUUGAAAGCUCAAAAGAACCAGCCGAGACGAAUCCCUCGCAUGAAGUGCAUUUUGCUGAGGAUGUUUCAGCAAAUGGAUCUGUCCCCAAGCAAGGCACCACGGCUUCUAAUGAGCACUCCCAAUCAACUCGAAAACCAAGUUCCGGCUUGUCAGUGGAAGCUUUGGAGAAAAUGAUGGAAGAUCCAACAGUGCAGAAGAUGGUUUAUCCCUAUUUACCUGAGGAGAUGAGGAACCCUACUACCUUUAAAUGGAUGCUACAGAAUCCACAAUACCGUCAACAAUUGGAAGAUAUGCUAAAUAAUAUGGGAGGAAGCAAUGAAUGGGACAACCGUAUGAUGGAUACCUUGAAAAACUUUGAUCUUAGCAGUCCUGAGGUCAAGCAGCAAUUUGACCAAAUUGGGCUCACCCCGGAAGAAGUCAUUUCAAAAAUUAUGGCAAAUCCUGAAGUCGCUAUGGCAUUUCAAAAUCCAAAAGUGCAAGCAGCCAUCAUGGAUUGUUCACAGAACCCUCUGAGUAUAGCGAAGUAUCAAAACGAUAAAGAGAUUAUGGAUGUAUUCAACAAGAUAUCAGAACUGUUUCCUGGGGUGACGGGUGCACCUUGACUGCUUCUGUUCCGCUAGAGCUGCAGUGGCUUGGUUCUAACAUCAUUGCUGUGUUCUCUAUCCCAUUUUUGCCUACCCAAAUGUCUGAGUAGUGGCUUUCAUGCUCUAUCACGAGGGUGAAAGCCUUCAACAGGGGCUUGGAUAAAGGUAGUUUCUUCUUUGCGCCCCUCUGUUGUUGUUUGCAAAGUCCAUCCGGUUUCAUAUGAGUUUUUCUGAUUGGGCUGUUACGAGAUGAAGUAGUUUGUAUCUUUUGAAAAAAAAGAAAAAUGAUGCAGUAGUUUGUAUCUUUUGAAAAAUAAGAAAAAUGAUGCAGUAGUUUGUAGCACUGUUAAAUAUUUGUGCAGUUUAUCCCUUUAAUUAUGCAAAUGUCAGAGAAGUAUCAGGAAACAUAGGCUUUCUUCCUCAAGUAUAGGACAGUUCAAUCGAAACCUCAAAUGGUUCUCCUUUCGAA